UUAUUUGAAAGAAAAAAGUAACGAUAACACAAAAUUAGCGAAGAGCAUUUAUAAGUUAAAUUUACUUGUCUAUUUACUACUAUUAAUUAUUAAUAAGUAUUUAGAUCUAGAUCUAUAUUACCUAAACAUUAAAGAACCUGAAUCUAGAUUUAUAUCUACACUAAUUCUAAACCCAGUCUAAUUUUUAUGAUCAAGAGAGUAAAAAUAUGAGAUUAACAGUUACAGUUUUAAGUUAUUUCAAAAAAUAUGUACAACGAGAAAUAGCCCAGGCAUCUGGGGUUUCAAUCUACAAACCAAUCCAAGGAUGGAGACAUGUAAGAAAAAGGCAGUGGAUAUUUGAUGAGAAUCGUCCAUGGACAGAUGCAGCAAAAGAGGCUAACAAGCCAGGGAAACGUCUGACUGAACUGAUUGAACCAAUUCCAAAAUCAGAGUGGAAAAUUUUCUUAGGUGAUCGUGUGCAAAUUCUUAAAGGCAUUGAUGAAGGCAAGCAGGGUCUUGUAUGCAGCAUCAUCACAGAAAGGAACUGGUGCUAUGUGGAAGGGCUGAACUGUGUAUAUAAAUGGGUAGAAAGAAAUGCACAUAAUCCCGGAAUGAUUUCUAAAAAAGAAAAGCCACUGCUGGUAACCUCAGAAGUUUCACUGUUGGACCCUAGUGAUCUGCAACCUACACAGGUAGAGUGGAGGUAUGAUGAGGAUGGAAACCGUGUUCGAGUCUCUGUGAGGAGUGGGAGAAUAAUUCCAAUUCCAAAAAAAGCUUUAGACCAAACGGAAGAUAUGGUUGAUAGAAAUGAUUACAUAGAACAAAAUUGGGACACAAAAGAAAAAGAACUCAUUAAAGUUACAUUCACUCCAGUGCCACUGUCAUUUGAAGAAGACAUUAUGAAAUCGAUGGGCAUUGUGGAAACAAGAAAAAGAAUACCUAAAUUUUACUAUUAAUUCUCUUGUAACAAUUUCAGAAUAAAGUUUAAC